AGAAUUGUUAUGUUUUUCUAUUACUGAAAAGCUCUUUAAAUUUCAUACCUGACUAUGAGUAGAAGAUUUGACCUCGAACAAUUUGACCUCGAAUUUGUUGCCUGUUUGGCGUGUCAAUGAUUCGACGGGGUUCAUAAAGUAGCGCAGGCGCUUUAAACUUGUUGACAGUCGGACAGGGCAGAACGGAUCCUGUUUGGACAGACAAACAAUGUUUGUACGCAGUAGUUCUAUCCAGCUUGUGGGAAUGACGGUGAUGGCUAUAGCAGGAGGCUUCAUUUUAGCUUCACUCUACUCCAGCAGGCUGAGCUACCGAGCUAACUCAUCUGUGCUCAACGUGGGCGCCAGAGACUCCAGUCGAGGACUCCAGCAGAAGUACUUCGUGGAUUCCUUGUUCGCUAACCCCUCCAAAGAUACCAAUGGAGCUGUUUCAAAGAAUUUCAACUCUUCAUCUAUCGACCAAAAACCUCCCGCAGAUCUUUCAGUUGUAAAAUUAUUAUGCUUCGUGGAAACUUGCACAAAAAAUGUAGAAACGAAAGCAACUGCAAUCAAAAACACAUGGGCCAAACGAUGCGACAAAACAAUAUUUAUCAGCGAUGAAACCAGCGAUAGUUUUCCAACUUUAAAAUUACCUGGAAUGCUAGAAGGAUAUCCUCAUCUUUGGUCUAAAACUAUUCUGACGUAUCAGUAUUUAUACGAGAACUAUGUGUCCGAAUAUCACUGGUUUGUGAAGGCAGAUGACGACACAUUUUUAGUCGUAGAGAACCUUCGUGCUUUCUUGGCAACGCUCAGUCCAAAUGAGCCCCACUACCUCGGCAAAAGGUUCAAGGCGCUAGGUGGCUACACGAGUGGAGGAGCAGGCUAUGUGAUAAGUAGAAAGACACUAUCCAAGCUAGGCCAUGGCCUGAAGAACAAGAGCCUCAAGUGUGACGAUUUGAAUUCGAAAGCGCCUGAAGAUAACGCUGUCGGAAGAUGCUUGAAGAAACUUGGGAUUGAGCCCGGCAAGACAAUAGACACUGAGGAGAAGGAGUUAUUCCACUCAUUUAACCUACAAACAGAACUGAGUGAUAAGCCUCCCAGCUGGGUCUACUCUUAUGCAUACUACCCCGUCAAAAGUUGUUUUGGAAAAAGAAUCUUCGAGCAAUUGCUAAGUUUCAUGUUGAUGGGCACCGACUGUUGUGGAAAUUACACCAUAUCAUUCCACUACGUGUCUCCUAAAGACAUGAAGAUGCUAGAGUUCAUGUUCUAUAAAUUGAAGGUGUUCGGCCAACAGGGAGAAGUCCCCCAAGUUCAUGAGGCGUAUCUGUCUAACGAUUCUUCAGUUAAACUCCCCCCAGAGACCAAAUCGGAAGGUGCGAGCAAAAUAGGCGGUGCUAUUGUAGGGUCUAAAGUGAAUGAAACAGAAGCUUCGAAGAAAGUGGAGUCAAAGUCUUAAAAGUUUGAAAAAUGGACCAAGCAAGUGCAAAUCUUGUUCUAUUGUUGGUGAAAAUAUAUCCUCUUAUUUACUGUUGUUUCUUCCAUUGAUGUUUAUAGCGUUUUGACAAUCAAUCACAAAUCAGUAACCUGCUGCAGUAUAAUUAUAAUAUUUAGUAUAAGGUGCUAACAUACCUUGUUAUGGUUUACCUACAAAUUAUUUUAUAUAGUUUUAAAAUAUUUAAUCUAUGAAUUCUUUCUUAAUUAUUGAUUCAAACUUACUAUUAAAU